GCCUUCGUCGCCAGUGACGCGGGGCGAAAACAAAAUUAAAACAUUUCCCUGGCAACAAACAAAAGUUACAAGUCAACAGCCAGCCGUCCUCUUUGACAACAGUAUAGCCGCGCUCGACACACAAUGGCUGGCGAACUAAACGCGGCACCGGUUCUGUCCACACCGGAAGAUCACCUAUUCGAAUACGCAGUGGUCCCGACCGAUGACCAGACCAAGGCGAAAUCAGAUGAUGAACUCCGCGACAUCUACGAAAUCACGAGGACAGCGAAGGAAGUUGGAGAGGGAGGAUGGAGGAGAAUUGGCCUACAGUUUCCCGACCACAUGCUUUGCGAUGCCCCCAGAGUGGUCCAACUUCUAGAAGCAGAGCUUGCUUCUCUACCACAACCGACAGUGCCGACGUCUACCGCAGACUUGCAGUCAACGGCGACAGCCUGCCCCGAGCCCUCCACCACGAACAACGGACAAUGCGGUCGCAAUGUCCAACAAAACGGUACGGGGUGUGGAUGUGGUAAACAAGCUCCCGCCCCAGUGGAAUCACAGCCCAAGGCCCGUCGGGUAUACGUCCUCGCCGAUACCUCGUACAGCGCCUGCUGCGUCGACGAGAUUGCCGCCGAACACGUUAACGCUGAUGUCGUUGUCCACUACGGCCGCUCGUGCCUCUCGCCUACUUCCCGUCUUCCCGUAAUCUAUGUCUUCACCAAGCACAUCCUCGACCGCGAUGCUGCCCUCGUCAAAUUCGAAAAGGAAUACCCAGAUAAAGAGGCCAAGGUGGUCCUCAUGGCCGACGUUACAUACCAAGUUCACGUCCCGUCAUUAUUGUCCGAACUCCAAAGCGGUGGUUACGUCAACUUGCUAGCCACCGAGAUUGUUCACAACCCCAUGGGCAGGAUACCAAACAGAAAAGUUGUGGACGCCCAAGGCAAAGAGGUGGAAAUCAGCCAUGGCAGCGAAACCUCGACGGGUCUGGAUCUCCGAGACUACUCCAUUUUCCACAUCUCCCAACCGCCAACCGCGCUCCUCCUCGCCCUGUGCUCCAGAGUUAAGAACCUUUACAUCUUCCAGACCUCUUCUGAUAGCUCCUCGCUGUACUCCGCUCAGCGCCUCCUUGGCCGCCGUUACGCCCGCCUCCUCUCCCUGACAACGGCUGGCAUUAUCGGCAUACUUGUCAACACCCUCUCCGUUUCCAACUACCUUUCCUCUAUCGAUAGCAUCCGCAAGCAAAUCGCUGCUGCCGGGAAGAAAAGUUACACAAUGGUGGUUGGAAAACUGAAUCCAGCCAAGCUUGCCAAUUUUGCUGAAAUUGACGGCUGGGUGGUGGUCGGCUGCUGGGAGAGUUCUCUUAUUGAGGAUGAUGCCGGCUUCUACAAGCCCGUCAUCACGCCCUUUGAGCUCGAGCUCGCCCUCGCCAGUGACGAUGAAAGAGUUUGGACCGGCGAGUGGUGGGGUGGCAUCGAAGCUGUCAAGCCACCAAUCGACGAAAAGCCUGGGGAGAAGAAGUCCGAGGAAAAUGAGAACAACGAGGCACAAGAUACAGCCGGUGCCGAGCAAGCCUCUGGUGAUGGCGAAUUGGACAGCGAGGAGGAGUCGGCACCACCCGAGUUUGACUGGAGGACAGGAAAACUUGUCAGCCAUAGUAGGCCUAUGCGCAUGGCCGCGUCGAAACCCAAGAGUGCAAAGAAGGAGGAUUCGUCUGACAAGCCAGAUGCGCCGCCACGGUCAAGCGCUUUGACCCUUAGAUCCAAAGCCCAGGAAUUGGCAUCAGUCAACGGCGUCGUUAGCCCCGGUGCAGAGUAUCUUCGUACUCAACGGACAUGGGUCGGUUUGGGUACCGAUUUCGACGAGGAGGCCAGCAUGACGAUUGAAGAAGGUAGAGGCGGAGUGGCUAGAGGCUACACGGUUGGCGGAGAAGGAGAGAAGCACUUGAUGUCCUGAAGAAGAGGGCAUUUGAUCUAGGUAGCCACGAUUGGACACGAAUAUAGGUAGGAGUGAUACCCACAGAAAAGCGAAUGGAUUGGAAAUAUCUUGGACUCACGAGCGUGACGUUGGGGCCACGGACACAACUCAGUUGUUGGACUUCUUCGCCACUUGGGACCUAUCUGCUUCCAUCCUUUACCAUCACCGACGGAGUACUACUGUACCGGACGGGAGUACUACUGUAACCACCACGACCACCACGACCACCACGCCUGAACUCGGUCAAUUCUCGCCAAACGUUAGCGAUGAGCCCGCCUUUCCCUCACAGGUGCCUCAAACCUUCGCUCCCACUGGAUUUCGACACAUGGGCACACAAGCAACCUGGUGGACGAUCAACCGUGUCAUCCGUGGACCUUCUAGCCUUAUACGGCGGGGGUGGUGUUGGCUCCCUCGUCUCCAAUCGGUGCGCCUCCAUCUCGUACUCUUCCUGCUGUCUUCCUUCUCGAUGCUGCUGCGGCUGUUCUUGACGCAUUUCUUCCUGCAUAUAAGCCAUGGAAUAAGCUCCAUCCAGUGGUGUUCCCGUUGUCGGCGGUACCCUGAUUCUCACGCGAGUUUCUGCCUGUGGCCAGUUCCGAUACAAAGGACGGUUAGGACCAGCAUGACGCAGCCAUCCCGAAGUUGUUUGGAUCACUUCCCUUCCCUCCCUGCCUCGUACUUUGCUUCUGGUGCUAGAUCCAUGGCUGCCACCGUACGGACGGUAGUGGGGGGAGUGCGGGUAAGGGAGGUGGAUAUGUUCUCUUCUCACGCCGCUGGGUCCUACGAAAGUGGGGAGGGGGGAUUGGGGUUCGAGCUCAUCGCUCUUCUUCACUCGGAAGCAGCAUUGCCAGAUGGUCGAGCCCAGAAUGGCAACGGCAAGGGUGCUGAAAAGAAUCAACAUGGGGAUCUUGAACUUCUGAUAGAAGCCAUCUGCCGGGAUGCCUGCUGGUCCGGUGUCAUCGGCGAGGGUGGAGUUAGCCUGAGAAAGUUAACAACACGACCUCACAAUGAAUUAUGGCUCGUGGAGAAAUGAUGCCGGAUCUGGUUAGCUCGAUACUUACCAUGCCUUGUGCCUUGCUUGCCGACGUCUAUAGCUUCUGAUUAGAUGCGGAAAGAUAUUCAAGGUUGUGGGCUCGGACAGUUGUGGAUGAUGACAAUUUUCUUUCAUGGAAUGGCGACUUUUUCGUUGCCUGCGUCCACCUUUCCAGAAAUAAGUUAAAGGAAAAGCCAACACCAGACAACCAAGGAAAACGUCCUUUUCAUUUCAUCAGGGAAUACAAAUCGAGAAUCAAAUUUCCGUGCGUCACUUCGACAACCGACACCAAAUGGCCAACAAUAUAUCUGACAAGACAGCGAAAAUUGUAACUUCCUA